AUGGCAGGAUUUGAGGAGCUGAUCGACGAUGUGCUGCAGAGAUUGUCAGCGAGCACGGAGGAGCAGCUACUAAAGGCGGCAGCGGAGCUCAAGCUACCUGAGGAAGACGUGGGGAAAGCCAAGUCGAAAGGGCGAGCAGGACUGAAGCGUGUCAUCAGACGCUUCCUAGAUGGGGAUGAGCUGGAGGAUUCAGAGGACGGAGGCAAAUCAGUGUUGCAGGGUUUGACCAAGAUCCUGGGAAAGGGGGACAGAGAUGGAGAUGAGAAUGUGGUUGAGGUAAAGGCCAGGACCACUAAGCUUCCAAGGGAACCACCCACCCAGCCAAAGUCAGACCAGCCAGCUGAAGAGGCAGACGACACGUCACAGAGAUCCCCCAUCCUCAAGAUGACCAACCAGCUGCCACAUACUCCAGUCACGUGGAGAAAGGAGUUUAGGAUACAGGGGCAGAUUGGCGAGCCUAGCCAGAAGGACAAACUCUCUUUCGUUUCCCUCGCAAGACAGAUUAACAGUGGCUUGAAAAAAGGAUUUCCAGCUGAGGAGAUCACCGAAGCAGUGGUGCGUGCUGUGAAUCCAGGGCUCUCGCUCCGGAGCUAUUUGGAGGGUCGAGGUGAUUUGGACUUGCCACUGUUACGACGCCUCCUGCGAUCCCAUUUUAGAGAGAGGGACGCUACUGCACUCUUCCAGGAGUUAUCCUCGGCUGUGCAGGUUCCAAAGGAAUCGCCACAUGACUUCGUGCUCCGCACCCUAGACUUGAAACAAAAGGUACUGUUCGCCUCAGAGGAAAAGGGGGCAGCAAUCUGCUAUGGGAGUACGCAGGUCCACAAGAUGGCGUGGAGAGCAAUCUCCACCGGUCUCCAGGAUGCUGUUAUCCAGCAUGAGCUCAGGUCUACUCUACAACAAGAUGUAUCGGAUGAGGAGCUUCUGGAGGUGUUGACCACUGCAGUUGCACAUGAGAGUGAGCGUCAACAAAAGCUGAAACCUCGCCAAGCCCGAGUUGCUGCUGCCAUCGCAGAACCGGCAAAGCCUGAGACCACCUCUAAGCAAACGAGUAAGACAGAGGCACUGAACUUGAAAGAGCUGACGAACAGCAUCCAACAGAUUGUGAAGGCCGAGCUCAAUGCUCUGAUGGCUCAACCGAGAGGACCAAGAUCUGGCAGGAGAGAGAGGGGCUGCGAGGCAUGCCAGCAACAAGGACAAGGAGAGAGCUGCCGCCAUUGUUUCCGGUGUGGAAGCUCUGAACAUUAUGCCAGGAGAUGCAACAUGAGGAGGCAGGGAAACGGGGUAGGGUUACUUGGGAGGGACAACCAGUAA